UUUUGUUCGUUCUUCUUUUUUUCCAGAACAUUUCCUAUGACUACUGUGAAAAUAUCACCGAUUAUUUGGGUCAACGUGACUUUGAUGCUCCCAGCCGCAUGUCUUUGCUUAAAUUUCUGGCCAUUAAUGCUUUGGAAUUAAGUGCCCCAGCAACACCAGUUCUACUACAACAACAACAGCAACAGAAUAAUAAUCAAAAACCCACAGGCUGGCUACAGCUGUCUGGACAUCCUGAAAGUAUUGUUCCCUGUGCCAGUGGUGUUGUCCGUAAACGUGUUGCCAGCUUCAGUGACUAUGAAGUUCUGGCUUAUCAACAAUUAUCCCAAGAAUCGCUAACCUCAAAAAUUGUACCCGAAUUCUAUGGUAAUAUACAAUUGGAAUCUGGUGAAAUGUUCAUUGAACUGCAGGAUUUGCUCAAAGGUUUCAAAGAUCCCUGUGUCAUGGAUAUUAAAAUGGGUUGUCGCACCUUUUUGGAAUCAGAAGUUAGCAAUAAAACCCUACGACCUGAUCUUUAUCAAAAAAUGAUCAAAGUCGAUGUUAACGCCCCCACCACCGAAGAACAUGAACAACAGGCCAUCACAAAACUUCGUUAUAUGCUGUUCCGUGAAGCCAUGUCAUCAUCGCAAAACAAAGGUUUCCGCAUUGAAGCCAUACGUCUAAAGGGUAAACCACCCAUGAAAGAUUUAAAAACCGUACGCACCUCCGAACAAAUAUCCCAAACAAUUGAUCAAUUUCUGAAUAGCAAAAAAUCCGUUCAAAAGGAUCUAAUCUGCCGGCUAAAACAUAUGCGUACAGUUAUGGAAAAAUCAAAAUUCUUCCAGACACACGAAAUUGUGGGUUCCAGUAUUUUCAUUGUCUACGAUGACGUCAAAGUCGGUUGCUGGCUAAUUGAUUUUGCCAAGUCGCGGCCUUUACCCGAUAACGUAAAGGUUAACCAUCGCGACGAAUGGAUUCCUGGCAAUCGUGAAGAGGGUCUACUCAAGGGUAUGGAUGAACUUAUUCAUGCAUUCGAGAGUGCCAAUCAAAAACAGACCACAAGCAGAAAGUUUUUACAAAUUUAAAUUUGAUUUGCUU